UACAGUGACGUAUCGCAAACCGAUCACCGAUAAUCUUUUCAUAAUAAUAAUUUAAAUACGUGGAAAUAAUAAGUAUACUAUAUUAUAGAGAAUGAGAUAGAUUUUUAAAAGACAUAAAUAUUAACUCAAACAACUAUGAUGCUAACACGUUAUAAGUCAUGCCUCGUCAAAGGUGGUUUGUAAGAAGAAAUUUAAUAAUGCCUGUUGCUGAGGGAGGCGAUCAAUACUCUGUUUGGGUUGGACUAAUUUACAUAUUUAACUUAAUUGUUGGUACUGGGGCUCUGACUCUUCCAGCUGCAUUUGCCAGAGCAGGAUGGGGCCUAAGCACAAUAUCCCUUGUAUUCCUGGCAUUUAUGAGUUUUAUGAAUGCAACAUAUGUCAUAGAAACAAUGGCUUGUGCCAAUGCUGUAUUUAAAUGGAAAAGAUUGCAAUUUUUAAAGAGGAAUAGUAUGCAAGAUGAAGAAAACUCAGAUGAAGAACAAACUACCUCAAAUGCUCCUGGCUAUGGAGAGCUUGAAGAUCCCUUAGUUUGCGGAGAAUCUGUACCUUCACGUUAUUAUAGUCUUGAUAAAAGAAUUGAGCUAGGGGAAAUGGCUAAUCUCUUCUUAACUAAAACUGGACGGACAAUGUUUUAUUGCACACUAUGUGUUUAUCUGUAUGGCGAUUUGUCAAUAUAUUCUGCUGCUGUUUCCAAGUCUUUAAUGGAUGUUUUGUGUUCAACAGUUCCAUCAAAUAUGACAAAUAUAACAGAUUGGGACAAUAUACCCUGCUUUCAUGCCUCUGAAGGAGCCUUCACUCGUAUUGAUUGUUACCGAAUGGCUCUUUUGACAUUCUUCGCAGCAAUGGGUCCUUUUGUCUUCUUUAAUGUACAGAAGACAAAAUACCUACAGCUGUUUACUUCUGGAAUGCGGUGGCUUGCAUUCGUCAUAAUGAUAUCAAUGGCGAUACAUCUUCUAAUCAAACACGGACCUCAAGGGAAGCCGCCAGCCUUCGAUUUCACGGGCAUGCCCACUUUGUUCGGGGCCUGCGUCUAUUCAUUCAUGUGCCACCAUUCCCUGCCUGGCUUAAUCAGUCCUAUACGAGGCAAAAGUCACCUCGGGCUCCACCUCUCGCUUGAUUACAUGCUCAUAAGCAUCUUCUAUCUCCUUCUGGCGUUCACGGGCGCGUUCGCGUUCACAAACCUAAACGAUCUUUACACAUUAAACUUCGUGCCCACAGAUAAUGAGAAUAUUUUUCUAGAAAUUGUCGAAUACUUUCUCGCUCUAUUUCCUGUGUUCACUCUCUCUACAAGUUUUCCGAUUAUUGCUAUUACAUUGAGGAAUAAUUUGCAAAGUUUAUUUUUGGAUACGAGUCGUUUGGAGUCGUAUAAUUUUGUUUUACGGAAGCUGAUAUUUCCAAUUGUAGCUGUCGUUCCUCCGCUAUUACUGACAUACUUCUUGGAGGAUAUAAGUGUUCUUAUUAAGUUUACGGGGUCCUAUGCCGGUACGGGGAUACAGUAUUUGAUACCAACGUUUCUUGUGCUCUCCGCUAGGCGACAUUGCGCUAAUUUGUUAGGUUUAGGUGUGGUUAAUAAAUACAAAAGUCCAUUUUCAAAUGUAGCGUGGGCUGUGUUUGUCCUACUUUGGUCAUUUAUAUGUAUAAUACUCGUAUCUGUAAAUAUGAUCGAGAAACAUUUAAAUCGUUAAAUAACAUAUUUCCUAAACCUUUUUUUCACUCGUACUCACAUUUAACCAUCAAAUUAUAACUUAUAGUAAACUAAUAUUAAUACAUGUAUUGCCAGUAAGGAUUCAUUACUCCUUAGUAGUAAAAAUUCUGCUUCCGAUUCUUGAAUGGAAUAUUUUUUUUUACUAAAUGUCUAAAGUAACUGUAAAAUUAAAUAAAGAAUCUGCGUACGGAGUGGAGAAGAUGAGACGUUACCAAUUGCCUAUUAAUCCUUAUUCCUCGUUACCAAAGUGAUUUAAUUAAUAUUUAUAAAAAAAUUCGUACAAAAAUGUGUUCAUUGUUGAUUUAUGCAUGUCCAACGCACAAGAAGGAUAUUUUUGUCUUUUUCGCUCAUUAACUGACUUGGACACAAGUUAGUAACUAAAAAAACGAGUUAUAUUGCAGAAGAGCGUAGAAGCGAUCUUUUUCUUGUAGAUAUUGUUUUAAAAGCCUAGCCUAGAGAGGUUUUAGCAUGCGAAACCUCUGAGGUCGGUUUUGCACCAACGGAUUAUUCUAAGUAAUUAAUAAUUACUUAGGAAUGCAAUUAUCUUGAGGAAGCACAUCUACAGAGUCAGGCUGGUCCCCUUGUCUUUAAAAGAAAAUCACCAAAGAAACCUUCAAUCUGAAGCCUAGAUCUAUAGUUGUAGCGGCAUUGAAUUAUUUCGAUAUAUAAAAUAUCAAAGUCGCCGAAACUACUUUACUAGGAGAAGGAUGAUAUUUCAGUUAAUUCAGAAACGAGAUUUAGUUUGUCUGGCACGUCAACAGAUUUUAAAUUUGUCUAAUUUCGUUUCUAGAUUUCCCCUUAAAGGCAAAAUAGUACAAUACUACUUUAUUUGUGUAAACAAAUGCCAAUAAUUUGAAACAUAAUAUAAUUGUUUUCUUGAUAAUUUUAUAAUAAUCUAAAUAUGUAAGAUUGAUUGUUUACGGUUUCCUAGUUGUAAUAAUGUCAUGGCUUUUAUAUUUUUGACUAGAACAAAUAAGGAAUUGUGUUGGAAAUUGUAUUGGUACAAUAAUAUUUUUCUGUGAUAGCGUAACGUUUUGUAUAUGUAUCUAAUUGCUAAAGUGACUGAUUGAUGUAUUUAUUAUAUUCAGAGUAUUUUUACAAUAAAUUUAUUUUGUGUGUU